CGGCGUGCUCUGGUUGGCCUACGACAAGCGAGGAAGCGGGGAGUUAAAGAGUCAGCUUGUCGUGCGAGCUGGCUCGGCCCCCCGGGGUGCUCUCUGCAGGCGACCUUCGGGGGGGGGGCGUCCCCGUUACAGCGGAGCAGUUUGCUUUCUGGGCUAUGGGAGAUGUAAACGAAUUAAAAAUGCAAAUAACACCAGAAACUCCAGGAAGAAUCUCCGUUUUAAAUCCUUUUGAAAGCCCUAGUGAUUAUUCUAAUCUCCAUGAACAGACUCUUGCCAGUCCUUCUGUUUUCAAAUCCACAAAACUACCAACUCCGGGGGAAUUUAGGUGGUCUAUUGAUCAACUAGCUGCAAUCAAUCCUGUAGAAAUAGACCCAGAAGAGAUUCAUCGCCAAGCUUCAUACUUAAGUCAUUCUCAAAUCGAUAAAGAUGUGGAAGACAAAAGACAGAAGGCCAUUGAAGAGUUUUUCACUAAAGAUGUCAUUGUACCCUCUCCUUGGACUGAUCAUGAUGGGAAACAGCCAUCAGAGCAACCUGCCAAUAAAUGCAUUAAUGCCAAUAGGGACUCUCCUGUUGGCAAAAAGGUGACCAUUCAUUCUGAGAAAUGUAGUGUUGGUUGCCAGACUUUGCUGUCUCUUCCUGUGGAUUUUAAUUUAGAAAGUAUAUUAGGGGACUAUUUUAAAACUGAUGAAUUUGCAGAACAAUCUCCUGGAAACCUCAGUUCUUCAUCUCUCAGAAGAAAGCUGUUCUUAGACGGAAAUGGGAGCAUCUCUGACUCCUUACCUUCAACUUCUCCUGCAAGUCCUCAAGGCAGUGCUCAAGCGACUCCCGAGGAGCUGUUUUCUUCUAGUCCUAUUCAGAGUAAUGCAAAAAAAUACAGUUUGGGGAGCGUAACCAGUCCUUCCCCUAUCUCAUCACCUACUUUCUCUCCUGUUGUACUUCACAUAGGAAAGACGCCACUCUCAGAACAGAGGAAGUUUACUUUUCAUUCUCCUGAUGCUUCUUCUGGAACAAAUUCUAACGGGAUCACUAAUCCGAGCAUCAGAAGUCCUUACAUAGAUGGCUGCUCUCCAAUUAAGAACUGGUCUCCUAUGAACCUGGGAGGUGAGGUUCAGUACCGGACUCCCCUGAUAAGGAUACCGUUUACUCUCGAGACUCACAGUGAGGAUGAAGAAGACAAGGACCAUCCCACCGCUGACGCCUCCCCAUCUGCCGCGCGUGCUACAGGGGUGCACCUUGGGCAGGCAGGCAGCGACGCGUCGUCGUGUGGCGCGCACUUAGUUGUCACUGCCGUGACCAUUACACACAGUCAGUGCAGCGCUUCUGAGAAGGAACCAGCACUGGCCGAGGACACGGAAAGCGAGGAGAACAACACCGUGGAUAUGGUCGAUACUGCAGAGACAGCAGACGAGAGCACUUGGAUUAAGGAGCCAGUUGAUAAUGGGAUUUCUUCACCCAUGACCGAUUUUGUGAAUGGAAUUGCCUUCAGUAUUGAGAAUUCCCAUAUGUGCAUGUCCCCUCUGGCGGAAAGCAGCGUUCUCCCUUGUGAAAGCAGUAACAUCCAGAUGGACAGUGGCUACAAUACACAGAGUUGUGGAAGCAAUAUCAUGGAUACUGUCGGGGCAGAAAGCUACCUCAAAGAAAGUGAUGCACAGUCCUUUGAAGUGGAUGUUAAAUCUCAGGCUUGUGAUACAAAGCAAGGCCAUUCAACCCAGAAGUGUUGGAUGAAAGCAGCAAGUCCACAGUGCAGUACUCCAUAGAACCCCUCAUGAGGACCAAAGACUUACUGCGCAGCUUCUGACAUGUAUCUGGGCUCGUGAUGGUGACUGGGAAACUGUAAGCAACAGGCUUAGCUUUUCCCCCUUACCUCAUUGUGAACCACCACGCAGAAACAAGUGAUGUAAAUCAGCCACAUAGGAGCAAAAGAAAAACUCCAAGUUGCUGAGUUACACCUUUAUUUUUAAAUCAAUAAAUAUUUUUCUAUUUGCUUUGAGUGAUGUUUUGAACAACGAAAGAUCGUGACAGAGCUGAUUGUUUUCCCGGCCUCCAGGGUCAGUGAACCACCCCCACCUGUUAGACCUUCUUGUCUGUACUGACCUGAGCUGUACUCUCAGAACCCGAGACAGCGUGAAAACUGAAGGCACUGUAUAUUCUUUGGUGCAUCCAUAAACACAGUAUGAAAGAAAUCUUACAGAGAGAUGAAACUUACUAAAGAGGUAGAAAGGAAGUUAAAAGGAUUCUCCUAAAAUUCUAAUUCCCUUUAAAAAAAUUUAAGUAUUUUAUUCAUUUAUUUGUGAGAAUA